AUGGCCGCCCGCAACCACCACGUCUGCUGCAUCGUCCCACCGUACCUUCUGAGCGGCAUUGCUGAUAGCAGCAAGAAUGAGGAGUUCCUGCGAGCUUCGGCUCGCAAAUCCGUCGACUUCAACCAGAAGUACAUCAGCAAGCGAGUUGAGCGUUUUGCGGAUCUGUCGGUUCCACGUGGCUCUCGCCAGCCUCGCCCUCAGCAUAUCAUUCCCGAGUCGAUGCUCAAGCACAUUUCCGAGUCUCAAGAUGUCGAUGAGGAGACUCGCACCAGCGCCAAGCAUGACCUUACGCAUAUUCGGGGCAUCACUCAGAAGUACCAGCAAUCUCAAGGUCCACAAGAUGAGUCUGCGGACCAAAAACGGCUGGCUACUACGGCCAAGGCCAAGAAGACCUAUCGUGCGGUGUACGAUGCCAAUCACACUGAAGAUGAAGCCGACCUUCCUGGCAAGAUGAUUCGAGCCGAAAGUCAAAAAGCGUCCAAGGACAAGGCCGUCAACCAGGCCUACGACAACGCUGGUCAUGUUCUUGACUUCUAUGCCUCUAUCUUCAACUGGAAGUCGAUUGACAACAAGAACAUGCAUGUCAUCUCAUCUGUCCACUUCGGCACCAACUACGAAAACGCUUUUUGGGAUCCCGAGAUCGCCCAGAUGGUGUACGGCGAUGGCCACGACUUCAUCCACAACUUCACUGGUUGUAUCGACGUCAUUGGCCAUGAGCUGACCCAUGCCGUCACCGAAUACACGUCCCCCUUGGACUACCAAGGCCAACCCGGCGCUCUCAACGAGCACAUCUCAGAUGUCUUCGGCAUCAUGAUCAAGCAAUGGGUCGAGAAGGAAACUGCAGACACGGCCGACUGGCUUAUUGGCGAAGGAUGUUUGCUGCCCGAUGUCAAGGGCGUUGCUCUCCGCAGCAUGAAGGCCCCUGGCACUGCCUACGAUGACCCUCGCUUUGGCAAAGACCCUCAACCCGACAACUUCAAGGCGUAUAAGGCGGCCAUCGAAGACAACGGCGGUGUCCAUCUCUACUCUGGAAUUCCCAACAAGGCUUUCUACUUGGCUUCUGUUGGCCUUGGUGGCUAUAGCUGGGAGAAGGCUGGCAAGAUAUGGUGGGAGGCAAUGCAGUCUGGUCAAGUCGCACCCAGGUCGAGCUUCAUUCAGUUCGCCGAUAUCACUGUGGACAUAGCUCAGGAGUUUUUCGAUGAUGAGGCGGCCAAGAUUGUUCGCAAGGCUUGGACCGCCGUUGGUGUCGCUCGAAAGCCGCACUCGUGA